UGUUGUUUUUGCCAACGUUUCCGCUGCCACCGUGUACCGAGCUGACAGCAGCCGGUGUGACAGCAUGGAUAACACACACACACUCCCGCCGCUCUAUAAAAACACACAUCCUCACACACACUCCGACACACACACACACACACCGACAGACAGAGACAGCGCGAGCCGUUCACCACGAGAGAGAACCGCAAACAUGGGAGUCAUCAUCUCGAGCAUCAUCUCCAGGUUUACCUCUAGGAUACCUGUCCGGAUAUUAAUGGUGGGUCUGGAUGCAGCAGGUAAAACCACUCUGCUGUACAAACUGAAGCUGGCUGAGGUCGUCACCACCAUCCCAACUAUUGGUUUUAAUGUGGAGACAGUGGAGUAUAAGAACAUCAGUUUCACAGUUUGGGAUGUUGGUGGUCAGACGAUCAUCAGACCUCUGUGGAGACAUUACUUUGUGAACACACAGGGUCUGAUAUUUGUUGUCGACAGCAACGACCCCGAGAGGAUUAAAGAAGCUGCUGACGAGCUGCACAAGAUGCUGGAGGAGGACGAGCUGAGGGGCGUGGCCUUGCUGGUGUUUGCUAACAAACAGGAUUUGCCGAGAGCCAUGUCGGUCAGUGACAUCACGGAGGCUCUCAGCCUAUCAGCCGUCUCACAGCCGUGGUUCGUCCAGGCGUCGUGUGCCGUCAGCGGUACAGGUCUGGCCGAGGGUCUGGACUGGCUCUCCAACCAGAUCCAGUGAUGUGACGCUGCGGUGUUCUUCAGGUGGGCUGCUAUGACCUGAGCCGAGGAGGUACACCCAGGAGAAACCAGAAGGAACCACUUGUAGCUUCUUAACAAGUGUAACAGGCUCUAGAAUAACGUAUUAUUGCCUUAUGAUAAAUAUAUUGAUUGCAUUGGGGAGAUAUAAUUAUUGCAAACAAUCACAAUAGAAUAAAUUUAAGUAAUGCCUAGGAAUGUAUUUAUUAUAUCCAUAUGGAUUAAUGUUGAUUUAUGUAUUGCACUAAAUGAAAUAUAAUAAUUGCACUAGAAUAAAUACAAUUUAUACUCAGAGAUGAAUGUAAUGUUGCACAUGGUCCAGUGAGCUGCUGCAGCUGGAUAAAUCAUAAUUCAUGUUCAUGUUUAAAGCUGGCUUCUCUGACAACAAUGCAGCAGCCAGUAUGUCCUCCUUCCAACUUUAGAUUCUGGUCCUGAAUGCUCUGGAUUUGUUUGGACCAGAGAAGGUAGGCGGUUUUAAACCCUCUCUACAAUGUUUAGAAUUUGGACUGCAGUACCCAUUUUAAACACGAGGUGUCAGAGUUACAUAUUGCUCCUUUAAAAUAUUUUUUUAAAUGACUAUUUUCACCUUCAUGAUACCUCAUCUAUUUUCUUUUAAACCCUCGUGAUUUUGUAAAUCUUCUGAUUUAUGUUGCUGCCUUCAUGAAGCAUUUUGUAACUCCAACUUGGAGUAUAACUGAAGACAAUAAAGAUUAUUGUCAAUAGUAUCUGUUAUAGAAAACCAGGUGGAAGUUUUUCCUGCAGACAAAGUUCACUUCUCUCAUUUCCAUCAACUGUUUUUUAUCUGUUUACAAUUUAUUACAGCACUGCAGUCGUUAAGAUUGAAUUAUUUUAUGAUCUGUUCUCAUUGCACAAGAAAUACAUUUUUACUAAUGUAUAUAUAUUAUAUGUCUUUCUGUUUUAUUGGGUGAAUUUGUACUUAAAAACAUAAUUAUUGAUGCUGUUACGAUAAUUCAGAUAUUUCACUGUAAGGGAAUUUCUGUUCUUCCAUGUUUAGGUUAAAUCUUGUUGAAAAUGUAUUUUUACACGAUUUUGUCCUCAUUUCUCAAUAAAGUUACAACAGCG